AGAGCAAAUAAAGAUUAAUUCCAUUUUAAAGUCGGCAUUAUGUUAAUAAACUUUGCUGCUUCAUAAUAUUUUCAUUUCAAAGUCACAAAGUCUACCGAGCGCAAAACUCUUCAAUAAAAAUCAAAAUUAGUUUGUAAUUAAUUAAUUAAUGUAAAGAAAGAGGUAAAAUACGAAAAUGCCCGGGUCAAUAAACAUCGAGGAUAACGCAAGUUGUAACAAAAUGGAGUACAUGGAGAAAAAAUUAAGCAAAGAUGAGAAGAGCACUCGGGAGGGAAAUAUGGAAGAAGCUUUAGACGCAACUGGUUUUGGAAAAUUUCACAUAUGGAUCACCCUUACCGGUGGUUUCAUAUUAUGUGUUGUAAACACUGAAAGCUGGUCCAUCGGCUAUGUAAUUCCAUCCGCAGAAUGCGAUUUGGAAUUGUCUCUACAAGAAAAAUCUGUUUUGGUCACUGUGGGCGCAGUGGGCAUACUGACAACGCAAUUUAUUUGGGGAUAUCUAUCAGAUAGAUUAGGCCGUCGAAAUAUUAUGCUCUAUACUUUAGCAGCUGGCUCUUUAUGUACCAUUUUAUCAGUUUUAGCUCCCACUUAUUGGAUGGUAGCAUUAUUCCGAUUUCUAAAUGGUACUUUUGUGGCCGCUGCAACUGGAUUAUCAUUCCCCUACAUUGGAGAAUUUUUCUCGGCGAGAUAUAGGUCACUUGCCAUUUUGGUAAUGUCCAUAUUCAUCGGAAUAGCAUUAAUACUGAUUCCUUUCAUGGCGUGGAUCAUCAUUCCACUAGAUUUCUCCGGAUUGUUUUUUGGACUUAACGUGGCAUCAUGGAGAGUUUUUGUGUUAGUCUGUGGCUCACCAGCAAUACUUGCUUGCAUAGCGUUGUAUCUAUCACCAGAAAGUCCGAAAUUUUUAGCUCAAUCACAACGCUGUGAGGAAGCUUUGAGCAUUAUGCGUAAAAUGCAUAAACUAAACAAUGUGAAAACUCCAUAUCCGAUUGAGAAGUUAUCAUGUGAAGAAACAGAUAACGACGGCCAUAUGUGGGAUUUAUUCAACCGGCAAUACGUGUGGAAGACAUUGCUGGUAUGCACGAUACAAAGCGGAGUAUUCGCGACAUCUGGCGGAUUAUUUUUGUGGUAUCCACAUAUUCUACAGCAAAUAUCGCGCUCAAAAGAAGAGAUUACAGUCUGUCAGGCUUUAAAUUUGCCAUUUGCUCCGAAGAGUACAUUAAACAAUACCAGCACUGAUACUGAAUGCAUAAUUAAUAUUGACAGUUCGGUGUUUUCACAAAAUAUGUUACUGGGACUUGGAUUCACCAUUGGUUAUAUAGUUAUCAGUGCAUUGGUGAAUAAAAUCGGAAUCAAAGCAAUCCUAAUCAUUUUUCUUGGAUUAUCCGGCCUGGCAACAUUCACAUUACAUUUUAUUACACAUCCGAUCGCAAUCGACAUCUUGUUUAUACUUUUGUUAGUUUUAUCAGGAUUAUGCGUUGUGGUUGUCAACACAGCAGUGGUUGAAAUCUACCCGACUAAUUUAAGAGGAAUGGCUGUUUGUCUUACGAUGUUGAGUGGACGUGUGGGUUCGAUUGUUACAAGCUCACUUUUGGGUUAUUUACUCGUCUGGAACUGCGAGGUAUCAUUCAUGUUAUUUGCGGCAAGUCUCAUCGAAAUUGACAUCAUUUUCAACCGCGGCGAGAAACUACACAAAAUGGCGGUCGAUACACCAAAAAAAGCACAAUUUGAAGAUGCAAUUCAUCAAACAGGUUAUGGCAAAUUCAACAUCCAAGUCCUUUUCGCAUCUGGCGGAUGCCUCAUGGUGGUCAUCAUUGAAACCAUGUGUAUGAUGAUGAUUGUACCCGCUUCCCAAUGUGACUUAGACUUGGAUUUAUCAACGAAAGGCAUCCUAAACGCAAUUAGUUUCUUGGGAGUUGUGUCCGGUUCACAUAUGUGGGGUUUCAUUGCUGAUACCCGAGGAAGACGAAACGUUUUGAUCACAAGUAUGCUCUGCAGUUUUAUCACAAGCAUAGCAUCGAGUAUUAUCCCAUGGGCUUGGUUAUUCAUAUUGAUCAGAUAUAUAAAUGGCUUCUUCGUGGGUGGAGCCUCAGCAGUGGUUUACGCUUACGUAGGUGAAUUUCAUGAUCGCGUCUAUCGUCCCAAGGUUGUUUCAUGGAUAGCAACCUUCGUCGCUAUUGGUAACAUGGUUAUCCCUGGUUUUGCAUGGUUGAUUCUCCCAUUGGACUUUUCAUAUGAUAUUCCUGCACUGGGCAUUGAUUUUCGUCCUUGGAGAUUGUUAGUGAUAUGUUAUGGUAUUCCUAGUUUAUUAUUUGCAUUGUGGUUGUUGCGAUUACCUGAAAGUCCUAAGUAUUUAAUGUCGCAAGGACGUGCAGAAGAAUCUUUAGAUAUUUUACGACUAAUGUAUGCGAUAAAUACUGGAAAGUCCAAGGAGGAUUAUCCGAUCACCGAAAUCAUCUGGGAUGAACCUACGGAUGUGAAAGAGAACAAAAAGCGAAGUCUUUUCAAAAAGAUGUGGAUACAAACUAUACCUUUGUUUAAAAAGGCGUACGUUUUGAAAACUUUUAUGGUUUGCUUGCUACAAUUUGGAGCUUUUGGAUCAUCUUCAGGAUUAUUAAUGUGGUACCCAGAAAUUCUGAAUAGAAUGUCAAUUUAUUCAAAAACAAGCUCUGAUGAAACAAUUAUGUUAUGUGAUGCUAUAAAUUAUCACAAUAAUAAAACCAUCUUGCGAAAUGGGCGUAUGGUCGAAGCUGUUUGUGUUGACACAGUCGAAGGCAACGUUUUUCUCAUUUCUCUAUUCAUUGGUGCUGCAUUUGCGGUCAUAUACAUUUUCAAUGGAAUAGUAAUAAACGUAAUCGGUGCGAAGAAUUUGGUAAUCAUUUUCAUCGUAAUCACGACAUCUUGUGGACUGGCAGCACAAAAUGUCUCUGGGAUGAUUCCUAUUGAAAGUCUAAUCGGAGUAUUUUUGGCGUCAGCAACAUGCGUAGGUGUUAUUAAUGCCAUUGUUGUGGAUCUUUUUCCGACACAGUUACGUGCAAUGGCAUUAUCCAUUUCCCUAAUGGCUGGAAGGAUAGGUGCCGUUGCUGGUAGCAAUAUUACAGGUCCAUUAAUAUACAAUCUAUGUGACUAUAUGUUUUACUUUUAUGGAUUGGAUCAUUUAGUUCUAAUUGUGACUAUAUUCCUUCUGCCGUCAGCUCCAAGUACAAAGAAGAUAAUUGAUGUAAAUGUGUAGAUUCUAGGCGCCUAAAUACUAAAUAAUUACCAGCGGAAAGUAAUUUAUGAUUUUUUAAAUAAAUGUUGAAAUAAU